GCUCCAAAAAAGCAACCAGACAGAUCACUUUUCUCCUUCUACAUCUAAAUAAAGCCAACUAUACAUAUACCAUCAUCUCUUGACAAACUUCUGCGUUAUGCUUUGAUACACAAGGAUCAAAGUACAAUCCCAGGGAAUGCAGAAAGAUGUGCUUGACUGCUGACAAAUUCUUUUCACAACCGUACGAGGUUCCAUCUUUGGAGUUACCCUUAUUCAUCUGUGAUGGGUUUGUAUGCUUAAAACAGAGCACAUUUGACCUCUGGGUCCCAACAGACGAUGUAACCUCACAUGGAACUUCUGUUGUGCUGAAGGACAACUUUUGCGAUGACGGCUGAGUUCUACUCUGAAGACUGCUGCACAUUGUAUAACAACUGAUUACAUGAGCAGGAGAUUCAUAAUAGAAAUAGUGUUCUAGGAAUCAAUUCAUUAUUAAAGUUGAAAAGUAAAAAUGAAGGUGUUGAGGGAAAAGUUUGAGGUGGGGAGAUUGUUAGGCCAAGGAAACUUUGGUAAGGUGUACUAUGGGAGGAAUCUUAACACUGGUCAGAGUGUGGCCAUUAAAGCAAUUGACAAAGAGAAGGUUCUGAAAGUAGGGAUGAUUGAACAAACUAAGCGAGAAGUAUCUAUUAUGAAACUGGUUCAACAUCCAAAUGUCAUGCAGCUUUAUGAGGUAAUGGCCAGCAAAACCAAGAUUUACUUUGUCAUGGAAUAUGCCAAAGGCGGUGAGCUCUUCAGCAAGGUAGCUAAAGGAAGGCUGAGGGAAGAUGAGGCAAGGAAGUAUUUUCAACAGUUAAUCAGUUCUGUUGAUUUUUGUCACAGCAGAGGUGUUUACCACCGUGAUUUAAAACCAGAAAAUUUACUGCUGGAUGACAAUGGAAUUCUAAAGGUUUCAGAUUUUGGGUUGAGUGCACUAGCUGAAUCUAAGCGUCAAGACGGAUUACUUCACACAACCUGCGGAACCCCUGCCUAUGUAGCUCCUGAAGUGAUCUGUAGAAAAGGCUAUGAUGGAAUCAAAGCUGAUAUCUGGUCUUGCGGGGUGAUAUUAUAUGUCCUACUAGCUGGUUAUCUCCCAUUCGACGAUUCAAAUCUAAUGGCCCUUUACAGAAAAAUAGCCAAGGCAGAGUAUAAGUUUCCGAGUUGUUUUUCAUCUCAAGCACGCAGACUGCUGUCAAGAAUCCUAGAUCCUAACCCAAAGACUCGGAUUUCCAUUGCAGAAAUAAUGGAAAAUCCUUGGUUUAGAAAAGGACUAGUAUCAAAACCUCCUAAAAACAAAACAGAAGUUAAGGAACUGUUUCCUCUAGAUGAUGUUGCAGCUUCUGAUUCUACCAAAAAUAUUGAUCCUCUUCAAGCACAGAAAGAGCCAGACAAACCUGCUAAUUUGAAUGCUUUUCAUAUCAUCUCACUUUCAACUGGUUUUGAUUUAUCUGGCUUAUUUGUUGGAAAUGACCAAAAGGAAGAAGUAAAAUUCACAUCCAUGCAUUCUGCCUCUGCUAUCAUAUCUAAACUGGAGGACAUCGCCACGGAUUUGAGGCUUAAGGUAAAGAAGAAGGAUGGAGGACUCUUGAAAUUAGAGAGAUCACAAAAAGGUAGAAUGGGGAUAUUGUCCAUUGAUGUGGAAAUAUUUGAGGCAAGUCCAUCAUUUCAUUUGGUAGAGAUUAAGAAGUCCGGUGGUGAUACUAUGGAAUACCAAAUGAUGUUGAAACAGGAUAUCAGACCAGCUCUGGAGGACAUUGUUUGCACAUGGCAAGAGUGAGCAGCACCAGCAUCAGCACCAGCUCUAGCGCCACCGCCAUCUACAUGCUCCUUUUGUGUUCUCACUUUGUAAGUUUUCUCUUGAAUAACAUGUUCAUAUUGUAACCGGUCAAAUGGGUCCAUUUGACACCUCUAGUUGGAUCUAUAAGGGCUCCAUUUGGCACUCAAAAGAACACUAUUUCCACCUAAAACCGUUGGCAGUUUUGCAUAUUGUUGAUUUAACAAUGUUAUGUAAUUUCUAAUAAAGGAUAUGCAGUGUGAAUAUGUGGUUCUCUGA